GUCAUUUCUGCUUUAGGAACCGCACAGGAGAAGACCUUAUUCUACGUGCACCCCACAAAUGGAUGUCAAACAAGAAGGAUAUAUUUUAGGUGGCCCUAAUGUGCAGGCAAAUUCACAUCAAGAUUGAAAGUCUCUCGGAGAAUUAGGUCCUAUGUUGUUCAGGGCUUUAAAAGAACCCUUACAUUGUGUUCAGAAAUUAAACCAACACCUUACAUUGUGUUCAGAAAACAGCUGACAAGCGACAUGGGAAAAACAUGCUCUCUGAAUUAUGCACCGCUAAGCAGGCUAGUUGCUACAAUUAUUUUUUAAUCAAGGGAAACUUGAAACCAGUUCUCGGGGAUACCCCUGUAUGGAUAUUAAACUUUCUGAAAAUUUGCUGAAAGUUUAAGUAGUCAUGAGGGGCAUUCAGUUAGGAUUCCCCAGCCCCGGCGCUAAGGCAGAGGAACAAAGUAAUCCAGCCGCUUUGAAAGAACAGGAGAUUGAACUGAAAAUGCAAGGACAAGAACGGAAGGUAUUGUUCCAGUGAGGGAGGUCUCUGGCUGCAGGGAUGCUGGCGAAAGUGUCUGGAGUGCUGACUCAGAGAGUGCCUGGUGGCCGGCGACUGAACUUUGGCCCCUUUGUUUCCUCCUCCUUCCUGCCCAAAACCUCUCUGGCUUUCCAGAGGGAGGAGAAUCCCAGCUCCUCAAGUCUUUGAUUGGUUCAGAAAGUCAAGUCUAGCCCAGAAUAAAAGGUAAGAGGGAGCAUCUUGUCAGCCAGCCUGCCAUCCCUCAACAUGAGCACCUUGGCCUUGUACCGCGGCAUCUACACCCAAGAGACCUUCCAAGAAGUCUAUGGGGUGCCCCUGGAGCCGGAGAGCAGCCUAGCAGGGAUGGUGAAGGGCAGGCUGAGCCGCUGCUGCCGCUGCUCCAAAUCAGCAGCCUUGCACUUAUUUAGAAGCAGGCUGCCUAUUGCAAGUUGGCUGCCCAAAUACCAGCCGAAGAAAUGGCUUUUGGGGGACCUGGUGUCGGGGUUAACUGUGGGCGUUGUACACAUCCCUCAAGGAAUGGCCUUUGCUUUGCUCACUUCAGUGGCUCCAAUCUAUGGGCUCUACACUUCAUUCUUCCCAGCCUUGUUGUAUCUGCUUUUUGGAACAGGACGUCAUGUGUCUACAGGCACAUUUGCUGUGGUCAGUCUGAUGACGGGCUCCGUGGUGGAGCGCUUGGUCCCCAUCCCCCAGCAUUCCAAUGGCACAGGUCCUGCUGAGGUCCCCUUGUUGGAGAGACAACGCAUUGAGGUAGCUGCUGCAGUGGCCUUUUUCAUGGGGCUCCUCAUGGUCAUGAUGUUCCUGCUUCACUUGGGCUUCCUUUCCACCUACCUCUCGGAACCAGUGGUCAAGGCUUUUACGAGUGCCGCUGCCUUGCAUGUGGUGGUUUCUCAGCUACAGAGCCUCCUGGGCAUUUCCUUACCACGCCCCAAUGGCUACUUCGCCAUUUUCAAGACACUGGCAUCUGUUGUGGAAGCCUUACCCUUAACCAACAUGGCAGAACUGCUUAUCUCAGGGCUCUGCUUAGCUGUGCUGGUACCGAUCAAAGAAAUCAACCACCGCUACCGUAGCCGGAUGUGGGUCCCCAUCCCAGGAGAGAUAAUCAUGGUACUGCUGGCCACGGGAAUCUGUUUUGCUUCCUCUCUGAAUACCCACUAUAAUGUACAGAUCGUUGGGCACCUCCCAGCUGGGUUCCCACAGCCCCAGCUCCCAGCUCUGCAUCUGCUGCCCCAAGUGUUGGGGGACACGGUGGCCCUCGCUUUCGUGGCCUACGCCAUCUCAGUGUCCCUGGCCAUGAUCUACGCCGAGAAGUACCACUAUGUUAUUGAUCCCAACCAGGAACUUCUGGCUCAUGGGGUUUCAAACCUAGUCUCUUCCUUGUUCACCUGUUUCCCCAGUUCAGCCACUCUGGCUACAACUAACAUUUUGGAGAGUACAGGUGGACACACUCAGCUUUCUGGACUCUUCACCAGUGCCAUUGUCCUGAUUGUGUUAAUAUGGAUUGGACCGCUCUUUCAUUAUUUACCAAAGGCGGUCCUAGCUUGUAUCAAUGUCACCAGCCUUCGACAGAUGUUUCUGCAGUUCCGGGACUUACCUGAGCUGUGGCGGAUCAGCCAUGUGGACUUUGCUGUGUGGAUGGUCACAUGGCUUUCCGUGGUUAUUCUCAGUGUGGACUUUGGCCUGGCAGUGGGGGUCGUGUUCUCCAUGAUGACCGUUGUAUGCCGCACACAGAGGGCUGAAUGCUCUGUGCUGGGCAGGGCAGCCGAUACGGAAAUCUACCAGCCUGUGAAGUACAAUAGCAAGUGCUUUGAGAUCCCAGGUGUGAAGAUCUUAAGUUACCAGGCCCCCAUCUAUUAUGGGAACCGCGGUUUUUUUAAAGAUAUUGUCAGCAAGCUUGUGGGGUUACAGCAAGACUGGGAACAUCCUGAGGAUUCACAGUUUAACAGCAGGAUCAAAAUGGACAUCACGACAGUGGACAGCAGUGUUUGUGUCUUGGAAAAGAAGCUUAGCUCAGGCUUAGAUGUACAAGCUGUGAUUUUUGACUGCAGUGGAAUAUCCUUUGUGGAUUCAUCUGGCGCACGGCUCCUUAUCCAGGUGUGUGUGGAAUGUCAAAAAGCCGGCAUACAGAUACAUUUGUCUGCCUGUAAUGCCAACGUCCUAGAGACCUUGCGUUUUUGUGGCCUCAUGCAUCAUCUCACCCCUCAGCAGAUUUUUGUCACCGUUCAUGACGCAGUUUCCUACCUCCAGCAAGCCACGGAAAACGUGGAACAGAAGGAUCCCACCAUCUGGGUAUAACUUUUCUUCCUGCCAAGGUUAAAAGACAAUAAGUUCUACCAGGACAAAGCCAUCUGAGAUCACAGAGAUUUGGAGAAGGGCAGCAGGCUGCCAACGAGACCACGUUUCUCCUGCCAGAUUGUCAGGCGUGGACUGACUCGGAAAGUGCAGACGGGCAAGAAGCACCAGGCUCUUAAGAUUUAGCAGGACUUCCAACUGCUACAAGUUCCACGCCCUGCGUAGUACACAACUGAAGUGUCAGGAUUACUUCGUGCAGUCACCCGUCUUGGCUCUUUUCCUUCUUGAACCCUUACCAGAAAAUUUUAGAACACAGCAGCUACACAAAAUUGUAUUUUUUUAAAAAAACAACAACACAUCCCUUUAUUACUUUCCUGGAGGGGUUGUGGGGUGAAUUGAAGUCAUCACAGAAUAAGCCAUGGAAGCCAAAAGGAAGAGAGCCUAGGAAAGAAUGCUCAAUUGAGGAUUAUGGAUAAGGUUAAUUGCCAGAAAUGAAAGGAAGCCAAUUUUGUCAAAGUCCUCUUUUAUACUGGGGCACCUCCUUUUUUUCUUUUCUUUGCCAGAGAGAUCCUCUUAGACCAGAAUUGCUGUUGGAACUGGUAGGACCAGUGGUAGGAUUCAGCCAGUUCGCACCUAUUCAGAACCGGUUGUUAACUUUCUAAUCAGUUUGGAGA